CCGUGACAUGAACCUAAAGUGGAUUUAAACUUAUCCGUGGACUAUCGAGAUGGAAGCCUGUGUGAUGAAACCAGAGGUCAAGAAGAAACCCAAACCAGCUAACCCUCCUCCAAAGCCUCCCAUUGAGACAAAUACAAUUGAGUCCAGUUUACUAGAGAAACCCACCCCAGUCCAGACCCAAUUCCAGACCCAGGUCCAGAAACCAGUGCCAGUGCAGAGGAAGACCCCAGUGGUUCCCCCGCGGCCCUCAGACUCAGAGCUGAGUUACACACAGUACCAUCAGAGGAGACUCCAGGUCAGUGCAAAUGUGGAUCCCAAAGAAAAACGGACUGAAACUCCAGUGAUUCCUCCCAGACCCACAGAGCAGGAACUGAAAUCUCCCAGACAGUUAAGCCAGUGCCGUAGAGACCAGGCCACAGAGCCACAGGGAGGACUUAAGGCCGUCAUGAAGAGUCUGCAGUUCAAAUCCAUAACAAAGCAGAGCAGAGACCCCAGUCCAGACCCGAACUCUGUCGAAGCAUCAACAGAAGAGAAAUCUGAAAAACACAAAGAGGCAGAAACAAAACUGGACAAGAAAAAGGAGCUCUCUGUCAGCUCUGACAGUCUGUCUGAAAACAAGGAAAAAGGUGGAAUUUUCAGUGGGAUGUUCAGAAAGUCUCCCAAAACAACAGAAACGGCUCAGAAUGAAGAGUCUGAGGCCUUGACCAGUGAAGACAGUGUGUCUGAGAACAAUAACAAGGCCAAAGAAAAGGGAGGUGUUUUCAGUGGAAUGUUCAAGAAAUCUCCCAAACCACAAGAGGAGCAGCCAGACGAGGAGAAACAACCUCUCGACGAUGCCGUUUCAACGAGCAGUGGUGAAACUUCUGAAGGGAGUGCUAAGGAAAAAGGAAUUUUCAGUGGGAUGUUCAAGAAAGCCCCUAAACCAACAGAAGAAGCCCUAACUGAUGAGGAGAACUUGGACAAAGAGCUUUCCACCGGCAGUGAAAAUCUGUUAGAGAAAAAGAAGGAGAAAAAUAUUUUCACCAACAUGUUCAAGAGGCAGAAAACAGUGGAAGACCCCGAGCCAGAGAAAGAACAGUCUGGGGAUGAACUUUCAGCAAGUAAUGAAAAUCUGUCUGAGAAUAAACAGGAGAAAAGUAAAUUCACCAACCUCUUUAAGAAACCCCAGAAACCAGCAGAGGGCGCCACAGCUGAGAAGGAACAGUCUGGUGAUGAACUUUCAGCAAGCAAUGAAAAUCUAUCAGAGAAUAAACAGGACAAAGGGAUGUUCAGUGGCCUUCUCAAAAAGACACCAAAGACUCCAAAAGAAAGAGCAGCUUCACCAGAGAGAGAGGACAAAGAAGAGAUGACAGCCAGCAAUGAUGACUUGACUGAAGUGACCAAAGAGAAAAGUAUAUUCACCAACCUCUUUAAGAAACCCCAGAAACCAGCAGAGGGCACCACAGCUGAGAAGGAACAGUCUGGUGAUGAACUUUCAGCAAGCAAUGAAAAUCUAUCGGAGAAUAAACAGGACAAAGGGAUGUUCAGUGGCCUUCUCAAAAAGACACCAAAGACUCCAAAAGAAAGAGCAGCUUCACCAGAUAGGGAGGACAAAGAAGAGAUGACGGCCAGCAAUGAUGACUUGACUGAAGCGACCAAAGAAAAGAAAGGAGGAUUUGCAGGAAUGUUCAAACGAUCUUCAAGUAUUGACAACCUUUUUGACAGUGAGGACAAUAUCUUCACUGGCAUGUUCAAAAAGCCUAAUAAAAAUACAGAGGCGAAAUCUGCAGAUGAGGAUUCUGUUGGAGACACACCACUUUCUGCAAGUUGUGAAAAUUUGUCUGAAGGCUCCAAAACGAAGGAAAAGUCUGGAGGCUUUGCAGGGAUGUUCAAAAAGUCACCAAAACCUUCUCCACGACUGACCACUGAUGAGGAUCCUCUGAGUGACACACAGUUUGAGUUUGGGAGCUGUGACAGCAUCCCAGACAGGAUGGUGCAGGAGGAGAAUCUGUCAGCCAGUAAUGAGGACCUGUUAGCAAAGGAGAAGAAAUCGGGGUUUGCUGGUUUAUUUAAGAGGACGCCCAAGAUUGUUGAACCACAGGACGGUGAAGAUGAGCAGCCAGCAACAGGCCUGGGAAUAAAACGGAGAAGGACAAUUAUGAGGAAAAAAAGAGUUGUGUCGUUCAGAAUAAAAAAGACGCUCCCUAGAUUACCGAAACUCACUGCACAGGGAGCAGACAAAAUGCCGAUGAUUGAAGAAGCAAUGGAAAUGCAGGAACUGAACCCAGAGCAGGAGGAGGCAGUGGAGGUGGAGAAUGUGGAGAUGGCUGCUUAUCCGACUGAAGAAUCCCCCAUGGAGACAGAAGAGGAGGAUGACGAACUGAUGGAGUGGUGGAAAACAGUCGCAGGUUGGGUGGAGUGGAAUGAGACUUCUAAUCAGGAGGAAAAUGAACAAGAAGUGAUGGAGGAAGCUGCCGAUCGUGUGUACAUGGCAGCGCGUCUGUUCGUUCAUCUCUUUAACCAGCGGGGAGCAUCACUGCAGCACAAAAUCCUGGAGCUUUUAGCAUUAGCCGACGCUGCGGACCAGUUUCACAAGAGGACGGUUUCUGCAGCGGUGGGAGGGGGCGUGGCCAGUGUCGCCGGGAGCAUCGCCACCAUCACAGGUCUGAUCUUGGCUCCCUUCACAUUCGGAGCGUCCAUCAUCGUUACAGCUGUGGGGAUCGGAGUGGCCACAGCCGGAAGCAUCACCUCGGCAACGGCCAAUAUCACAGAUGCUGUUCACUCCAACAUGGACCGAAAGAACAUGGAGAAGAUAAUCCAGGGAUACCAGGAGGAGAUCAAGGACAUACGGGAGUGCCUUGAGUUCGUUCAGGAAGGUAUAGACACCCUGCAGGAGUGGGACUUUGAGAAAUUCUCUGAGAGCGCUGCUAAAAAAGCUUUAAACCACAACAUCAAGCAUGUGGUGAAGGAGGGCGGUCGUGCGGGGAAGGCCUUAAUGAUAAACACAGACAAACUGAUCAGCACAGUGCAGGUGCUCGGGGCAGCGGGGGGCGCCGCUAAGGCUGUCCAGGCCAUAAGCGUAACCACUGGAGUCAUGUCCGCUCUGUUUCUCGCACUGGACGUUUUCUUCUUAGCCAAAGAUUCACAUGAACUUCGGAAAGGUGCCAAAACCAAAUUUGCGUCCAAAAUUCGAGACGUGUGCAAAGAUCUACAAGACGGACUUUUGGAGCUGAACAAAGUGAAGACUCAAUUGCAAAAAACGAUGGAUGGAAUCGAGGUGGAGGAAUAUGAGGAAAUACAGGAAGUAGAGGAGGAAGUAGAGGAUGAGUUUGAAUGUGAUCCGGUGAAAUUAGCCGAACUGGAGCAAGAGUUGGAUCUCAUGGAGGAAAAGUUGGAUAAAAAAGUUGAGGAGGAGAAGAAGAGGAAAGAGGAGGAGGAGAGAAGGAAAAAGAAAGAGGAGGAGGAGAGGAAAAGGAAGAAGGAGGAAGAAGCAAAAGCAGCAAAAGAAAAGUUGCUCAAAGAGUCUGAGGAUACAGAGGAUGGAGAUGGCGAUCUUAAAAAAGUCAAAUCUGAUAUUAAAAAGUUAAAAAGUGAAAAAGAACCUAAGAAAUUAGAUGAGGAGAAAUCGGAAAGCGUUUACAGCGUUAAAGAAUCUCUUAAGGAAUUCUUUAAAGAUCCCAUUUUGAAAGUUACAAAGAAAGACAAAGAAUUGGAAAACAAAAUUGCAGCAGAUAAGGAGAAAGGUGAGAAGGAUAAAUCAAUAUUGGGAAAGAAAUCGCACAAGAAGGAAGCUAGUUUGUCCGGAAAAGAGUUAUUAGAAGGUAAGGAAGAAGAGGAAAAGUUGGAAAAAACUAAAAGUAAAAAACAAGACGAUAAAAUGAAGGUUAAGAGUCAGAAAGAGGGUCAGACAGCUAAGCAAGAUUCAAAAACUGAUGAGAAAAAUAUUAGUAAAGGAGAGGAGGAGAAAGGUUCCUUGACUAAACAGGAGGUAACAGCUAAGGUUAAUCCAAAAGUUUCAGUCAAAAAUCAGGAAGAAAUUAAAGAUGAUGUGACUAAAGCUGAGGAAAAAUCAAAUUUCAAAAGCUUACGAGAAAGCUGGUUGGCCAAACAGGAAAAUGCUGAGGAAAAAGUUUAUUCCAAAAGUGUGAAAGACAUUCCUAAAUUUGAGACAAAUGUAGAUCAAAAAGUUAAGAGUCUUAGAGAGAGCUGGAUGGCAAAAGAAGAUGUCAAGACUAAAAGUGAUGAAAAAGUUGUGAUUCCUAAAGAAAGUUAUAAGGUACAAGAGGAAAAAUUAAAGGUUGACAGUCCAAGUUUGUCAAGUAGGAAACUAGAAAGUACUUCAAAAAGCCUUCAUAGUAGUAGCCAUAGUAGUAGUAGUAGCAGUAGUUUUAGAACUGAUAGGAGUAAAUUAGAACAUCACCAUGGCGAUGGAGAGAGGAGGGAGCGCUUGGACAGAGAGGGAUGGCGCAGCUGGGUGGAGCCGGAGCAUCAUUCAAGGAAAGAACUGAAAGAGGAAAAACAAAGCGGACAUUUUGAAAAAGGCGACGAGGCGGAGAGAGGGAGUAGGAGGAGCCAUAGAGAAAGUGGGAGGAGUCAUGGGGGUGAUGUGCGGAGUCAUGCUGAAAGUGAGAGGGACCAUAAAGAGAGUAGGAGUAGCCAUAGAGAUCAUGAAAAGUCAGAAGAUAGGGAAAGUAGGAGGAGCCACAGAGAGAAGGAUGUUGACGUAGAAAGUAGGAGUGGCCACAGGGAGAGUGGGAGGAGUUCUAGAAGUAAUCAUGGAGCUAAAGAUCCUGCAAGUGGCUAUAAAGACACCAGGGGGAGCCACAGAGACAUUGAUGCAGAAAUUAGGAGUGACAACAGGGAAAGUGGGAGGAGCCAUAGAGAUCAUGAUAAAGGAGAAAGAGAAAGUAGGAGGAGCCACAAAGAUAGUGAGAGACGGCGAGAGCACGGUGGAUCACGACCAAGGUCUAAUGCUCUGCUUGAUGAUGGACUGUACAUUUAGCACAAAAAGUUAAAGCCAUAAUGCGGAACAUAAUGGGUUACGUACACUUUAUUGUCCAGGAAAGCAUCGUGCAGGAACUCGUCAAACUGUAGUUAACAAAAUGUAUUUUUAAUCUGAGCUGUAUUAAAAAGCCAUAAACAUAAAUGUAAUUCUAAAACUAUGUGCUAUAUGCUACUUUGAUGGGCUUGAACUAUUAUACAGGGUGUCUAAAAAAAUUGGACAUAAUUUUAAAGGCAAUUAUCUUAAAACUACUAAGUCUAGCUUAAUGAAAUUGAACAGUUUAGGUGUUGUACAUCAUACGUUUAUUAUGGGAGUUUGUUUUUCCAGUGGUGGUUUUUCCAAAUGUUGCAUUGAAGACACGCUGCACAGUCUUGGGUGACUGUGUGCGAACAUAUUCCAAGAUACAAAAUCACUUCUUUUUGGGAGUGAAUGGCAUGGCCCAACCUGAAAACGGAACAAAAAUAAAACAUUAAAUAUAAAAUCUUGAUCUGUUUCUAUACAUUCUCUAAAAAAUUGAGGUUAUUUCAACAAGCACUGCCAAAAUUAUUGGCCUGCGAAAUUAUGCAUAUUUUUUGGGACAACCUGUAUCUUGACAGAUAUUGAUAGAUUAGGCUAUAAAGCAUCAAUUUGUACAUUUUGGUACCCAAAACACUCCUUUUUGUACUGUGUUAUGUCUGUGGUGUAAUUAAUAGCAUUUUUUCAAAAGAUUUGUAUGUGCAUAUAUUGUUCGUCAUUAACAUUUUCUAAACCACUUGUGAUCUGAAUCCAAACUGUUACAAAAAACUGGAGAUACAUUUUUACUGUCAUAAGCUCACUCUGAGCACUCAAAAAACUAAAAUGACAAAAUAAACCAAAACAGUUUUUUAUGCAAGACGAAACCAGUAAGUUACACAGUUGAUCUUUAAAUAGUAAACCACUGGCAUAGAGAAUUGUGUCCAAAAGGUUUGAAUGUACAUCAUGACUUAUAUAUUUUAUUAUUUAGCAUAUUUAUUUACUAUUUUACUGUUUAAUUUGGCUUUUGUAGGGAAAAUGAUUUACAUAUGGAAAGUGGACGUAUUUGUGUAACAUUCUUUCAUAAAAUUUACAUAAACUGCA